AUGAACUCCCUCAACCUCCAAGCAGUGGACACGCUUGAAGCCACUGUCAUCAUUGACAAUGAACUCGAUCCAUUAUCGCCCGCCGCGCCCGAGACAGUCAAAAUCGUGGGCUCGAUGUAUACCGCCAUGACGGACCCCAGCAACCACCUCACUGAUCGAGGGGAGGCUGUCAAGGAAAUGCGUAUGGGUGAUAUAUGCUGUUCUGCGCAUGGCUUGUCUAUUUUGGUGACAGCAACAAAAGGAGGCGAAAAGCACACGCUCCUAUUUGACGCCGGACCAGAGGGUCCCAUAUGGGAGCGCAAUGUGAAGCGUUUACGCCCUGAUCUAGCCUCUGUCGAAAGGAUCCAGCUUUCCCAUUGGCACCGCGACCACUCAGGUGGCUUGGAGAAAGCGAUCAACAUGAUCCAAGAAGCAAAGCAAGCAGCUGGCCGUACAGAGAAAGUGGUUGUGGACCUUCACCCCGACCGACCGGCUUAUCGAGGUAUGGCUUCGCCGGAGCGCAUCAUUUCUAUAGAGGCGGAUCCGACAUUUGAGCAACUCGUGGCAGCGGGCGCCACUGUGGAAAAGCACGAUGAGCCACAUACUGUUCUAGACGACAUGUUUUUGAUAUCAGGCGAGAUCCCCCGAGUCACUAAAUACGAAACUGGACUUAAGGGCUCUGUGACGUGGGAUCCUGAAGCAAAGGACUGGUACUCGGAUGAAGCAAUCGCGGAUGAGCGCUUUCUCGCAUGCAAUCUCAAAGGGAAAGGGCUCGUCAUCUUCACAGCAUGCUCCCACGCCGGCGUUGUCAACACAGCCAAGCACGCACUCAGCCUGGCGGGCACGAAGGCACCCCUUCAUGCAGUCAUCGGUGGAUUUCACCUCGCCAUGAGCGAUCAAACGCAGGUCCAAAACACGGUAUCGGAUCUCAAGCGCCUUGAUCCAGCCGUGCUCAUGCCCGGCCACUGCUCGGGUUGGCGAUCGAAAUUUGCCAUCGAAAAGGCUAUGCCAGGGACUCUUGUGCCGUGCACCGUCGGAAUCAAGAUCGCCUUCUAG